AUGGGGGUACCUGUCUCAAUCAUUUUUGAUCGAGAUCCUCGUUUCACGUCUCGGUUAUGGAAGAAGCUUCAUGAGGCUCUGGGUUCAAGAUUAGAAUUCAGUACUGCUUUCCAUCCUCAGACAGAUGGUCAGUCAGAGAGGGUGAUUUACAUACUGGAGGACGUGUUGAGGAACUAUGUUAUUUAUUUUCGAGGCAGUUGGGAGGAGUACUUGCCCUUAGCGGAGCAGAAAACGUAUGCGGAUCUGAAAAGUCGUGGGAGCAAGUAUUUUGUGGGGGACAUAGUUUUUCUCAGGGUCUUGCCAUGGAAAAAGGUUCUAAGGUUCGGUUGUAAGGACAAGUUGAGCCCUCAAUUUCUGAAACUUGUGAGACCUGUCGCUUAUCAGUUGGAGAUACCUUCGGAGUUGGACCACAUUCAUGAUGUUUUUUACGUCUCGAUGUUGAGGUGCUACCGCUCUGAUCCCAUGCAUGAUGUUUCUGUUGAGGAGAUUGAGGUUAGACAAAACUUGACCUUCGAGGAGGAUCCGGUUCGGAUUCUAGAGUGUGAUGUAAAAUUCCUUCGGAAAAAGUCUAUUCCCUUAGUGAAGGUUCUAUGGCAUAAUCAUAUCACUAAGGAGGCCACGUGGGAGCUUGAGGAUGCAAUGCAUCAACAAUAUCCUUAUCUGUUUUGA